GAAUGCUUUAUGGAAAUUCAUGCAGUGGUUGAACGCUGUUGCUUUUUAUGUUCUUUUUCCUUUGAUUUUCAUGAUUUUUAGUUUUGUCCUGUUAAGAAAACUGUAGGCCUUAGCUGGGAAAACUGUAGACCACAUGUAAAGUGAUGUCAGGUGUAUGGAAUCUUUUUCCUGUUUUCUUGCAUAUAAUUGAGUCAACCCGGGGUAAAUACGGAAUUGGUUAAUGUGACAUUUUAAAUUAGUUGAUCAUAUCCCUUCCAAAGCUUUCACAUACUGUUUUAAGCACUUUUGCAAUCUCUUAUUAAGCAUUAAGGUGGUACUGUGUAGAAACAGUAAAAGUAGCUCGGAUCAGUUUGGUUGAAAUACUGCACUGAGUACAGCUUGUCAUAAGAAGCAGAGCAUUGCAUAGCAUCAGUCCUUGCUGAAAUGAGGGAUGAUUGGGCAGUAGCAAGGUGGCAGACAGCUUUGUACUCAGCCAGCAAAACAGCACAUCAGGAGAGUUUUCCAAAAUUAUGUGUUCUGGAGAAGAUAGUUUGCUGCUAAGUAGUAAUAGCAAUCGCUACAAAAUAUUCCAGGUGCCUGAGUUGUGCUAUCUCUACCUCUGUUCCCAAAACAUUGAGCUUUAGUCAUCAAGGCUGUAUUCUUUCUCAGUGCUUUCAGCAUUGAAUUAAGCAGUGAUUAGUACUCUUUCAUUAUGCAUUAGUUUAUCUUAGUGAUGCAUUGUUGGCUUAUUGAAUUCAGCUGAUGCCUGGCUAUUGCAGCAUGUUUUAUUUUCUUGCUGUGCCAGAACACUGAAGCUGGCAAUAGAGAGACAUUCAUAGCCUUGGCUUUGUUUUUAGUGUUGGUCUUACCUGUUUUUUGGAGGAAAGUGGAAGAUGUGAGACCUUCCCCCUGUGCACCUCUUGGAUGUUUGGGAAUGAAUCAUGCAGCAGGUGCCCAGAUUAUCGAUCUGAUGAUGCUUGUCAUCGACGUGACAAAGGGGAUGCAGACGCAGUCAGCGGAGUGCUUGGUGAUUGGGCAGAUUGCCUGCCAGAAGAUGGUGGUAGUUCUGAACAAAAUAGAUCUCCUUCCAGAGGCCAAGAGGCAAAGUGCCAUUGAGAAGAUGACUAAGAAAAUGCAGAAGACCUUGGAAAAUACAAAGUUCUCUGGGUGUCCUAUUGUUGCUGUUGCAGCAAAGCCUGGUGGACCGGAAGCUCCAGAGUCUGAGAAUCCACUUGGUGUUUCUGAAUUAAUUGAGGUCCUGAAGUCUCAGGCUUACCUGCCAUCGAGAGACCCCUCGGGACACUUCCUUAUGGCAGUCGACCACUGCUUCUCUAUCAAGGGUCAAGGCACAGUGAUGACAGGGACUAUUCUUUCUGGCUCUGUUAGCCUUGGUGACAAUGUGGAGAUUCCUGCCCUGAAGGUGACAAAGAAAGUCAAGUCUAUGCAGAUGUUCCAUACUCCUGUGACAUACGCCAUGCAGGGUGACAGAGUAGGUAUCUGUGUGACCCAGUUUGAUCCCAAACUACUGGAACGAGGCCUGAUCUGUACCCCAGAAUCACUGCACACCAUCCAUGCUGCAGUAAUUUCCCUGAAGAAAAUCCAGUAUUUUCGAGGAGCGCUUCAGACAAAAGCUAAGUUUCAUAUCACAGUCGGUCAUGAAACAGUCAUGGGAAGAGUGAUGUUUUUCAGUCCGGCUCCUGCUGACUUCGAUGAAGAAAUUCAAGAAAAUGCUUUUGAUUUUGAUAGAGACUAUCUUUAUCAAGAGGAGUAUUUGUCCAAGGACUCAAAGCCUUCAGAGGAGAAUAAAGAAAAUGGCCAAUCAGAAGUCCAGCUGCCAAAACAACAGUGGGCUUUGCUAGAGUUUGAAAAACCUGUCACUUGCCCUAAGCUGUGCCUUGUGAUCGGCUCCAAGCUGGAUACGGAUAUUCAUGCCAAUACCUGCAGGCUGGCAUUCCAUGGGGUGCUGCUCCAAGGCACAGAAGACAAGAACUACGCAGAGACUUUCCUUCCAAAGCUGAAAGUGUACAAACAAAAGCACAAGGAAGGACAAGUGGAGAGGGUGAUUGAUGAUUACAGCGUGAUUGGCCGUUCGUUGUUUAAAAAGGAAACAAACAUCCAGAUUUUUGUGGGUUUAAAAGUCAAAUUAUCUACAGGAGAAGAAGGAAUAAUAGAUGGAGGUUUUGGACAGAGUGGUAAAUUUAAAAUCCGAAUUCCAGGUGGACUGAAGCCAGAAACCAAGAUGCUUCUCAGUGCUGCCUCCAAGAAAAAAUCUAAGGCAGGGAAGGGGGAUGCAAACAAAGAGGAUGAAAGCAGCAAGAAUGAUUCGGCCCAACCUGUUACCAUCACUCUUCUUUUUAAAAGAUAUGUCUUUGACACACAGAAGAAAAUGAUUCAAUCCUGAGAAAGCAAAGAGGCUUCUGAGCCCACCAGAAAGACCAGACUCUGGAAUGAAUUCAGAUGGAAUGUGUUGCUUGCCUGAGUGCAUUAGAUCUGUUCCUUCUUUGCAGAGCUUGGAAGCUCCUCCUGACUCUGUGUCCACUUCUGAAAUCCCUGUGAUCUGGUUUUAUUCUGUUAAGAUCUACUUAUCUUAUCAUCUUAGUGAUGGGAAUUUUUAUGGCCUCUUGAAGGAUGCCACCUGUCAAAUGGCAGCACUGGGGCAUGCAUUCUAAUAGCAGUGUUUUUCUGCUGAAUUGUUUCAAGGUUUCACAUAAUCUGAAAGUUUGCCACCAAUAUUGAUCUAAAUGCAGUCAAGAUGUAAAUUUCAUGCGACUUACAAAGUGAAGCUGAUUUGCCUAGGUUUUAUUCCCCAAGUGAAGUGAGGGACAAAAAGAGCGUGAUAUAAUAGGUGGAACCUAGAAUGGAUAUUUCAGAUGCCUUCAGCUGCAACUAUGUAAGAUGUUAUCUGAGAGUUGGUAUGGAUCUUUGUUAUAGAUGAUUUCUAUCUAGAAAUGUUUUUCAUAUUAAACAUAAUGAUGCGUAUAA